CACAAGGCUUUGUGUGUGUGCACGACAUCGUGCUCAGCCCUUCCACCCCUCUGUUUGAGCCGGCCACCCCCAUCUCCGCUGCCAUGCUGUGCCCUGUGCUGCUUUGUGCCACUUUGCUGUUGUUGGCGCCGCUGGAACACACGGAGGCGCGUCCUCUGCACCCUUCCCCCGACGCCGUGCAGUUUGUGGAGCAGUUCCUGGAGCGCUACAAUGACCUCCUGACCCUAGAUGACCUCAGCAACCUGUUGAACAACCCACCGGAGGAGCCGGCCGCUUUCGAUGCCGGGCUCAAGGGGGCCGAGUACCCGAAGUGGGUCGACCUACCUGCACAAGGUGAGACUCCCUGGCUCCGCCUACUGAAGGGGGCGCUGGCCAAUCAGAAGCGGGCAGAACCGGACCGGUCACGGAGGGGAUGGAACCGGGGAUGCUUCGGCCUGAAACUGGAUCGGAUCGGCUCCAUGAGCGGACUGGGCUGUUAGUGGGGGAGAGAGGAAGGAAAGACUAAUGACAUCCUUCAUAGGAUACGGCAACAACACACGUACGCUCGCAAACGCUUACACACACACACACACGUUGAAUAAAAGGGUGACUACAAGGUACGUGUGGUAUGAUGUGUACUUGCAGUACUGCUUCUGUGGUUCCAUUGAGCAUAUUGUAGGUAAGAUAGAUAAAACGCUUCGCACCGCCAUUUUAAAGCGACGGCUGUAGUCUCC